CCAAUUUAUAAAGCUGGUAAUAACACCUGUCAACAUCCCACACCAACAGUCGCACAUACUGCCUGUUUUUACCAUCCUCCGAGACUUUUUGUAAUCACGCUAGCCGAAGGGCAGCGACAGUAAUCUCCCUCCGCCUCCCGCCCGCAUGUCUACAACGGACACCAGGAUCUCGCCGGCCAGCUACAGUUGAAUACUUACUCCGGAGACACAACAUGGGGUCAUCGUCUCCACGUCUCGCUAUUCUCAUCGGGGUGAUCGGUUGCGCUGCCUGUCUUGGUCUUGGUGUUGGAAUUGGAUAUUUAGCCUGGUCAAAAAACCCUACCGAAGAGGAUGACGAUCCCACUGUUACAAUCCCCGACUAUCAGAGGAGCUGCAACUCGGAAUGUUCGGAGGAGGCUAAGGUGGCAGCAUCGUGCUCCCCCGAACUUCCCCGUCACUAUGUGGCUAAUCACCUGAACGGCAAAACCAUCACCGUUGACGGACGACUCGACGAUGAUGCGUGGAAGGAGGUACCUUGGACGGAAAACUUUAUGGACAUCCGGGGUCCUCAGUUCCCAGCGCCCCCUGUUGAGACGAAGGUGAAACUACGCUGGGACGACCAGCUGCUGUACGUUGGGGCGUACCUGCAAGAGCCGCACAUCUGGGCGACAAUGACACAGAAAGACACACGAAUAUAUCAAGAAAAUGCAUUUGAGGUGUUCCUUGACGUCGACAACAGCAUGAGCAUGUACAAAGAAAUAGAGAUCAACGCCCUCAGGACGACCUGGGAUCUCAUGCUGUCACGGGCUUACAUGGACGGGGGGGACUGGCAGGAUUGGGAGGGCAUCCAGCAGAAGGGGGUCUACACGGAUGGGGCAGUAAACAACGCCACGGUCCCAGCAACGUUCUGGUCCAUCGAGAUGUCCUUCCCUUUCGCUAAUCUAAGCCAGAACACUAGCCGGUCAGAUCGCGCCCCAGUGGAUGGAGAGAUGUGGUUCAUGACCCUUGCCAGGCCUAGGUAUGACGUUGUAGCUCUGGCAAACGGGUCCUAUCAACAGAAACCCGGCACAGAAGCCUCCUGGUAUUCAUGGAACCCAACCGGGGCCGUCAACCUGCAUCUACCCAGCAAAUGGGGUCUUCUGUUCUUUGAGACUGACGCUCCGAGCGGACAGUCCAAGCCAGUGGUGACCAGCAAGCGAUGGGUCACGUACCAGGCGCUGUUUGAUGUCUUCAACGCCCUGAAGUCGUUCAAGGCGGAGAGGGGGACGUACGUGGACUUAGUUAGCGAGCUUGACCUCCCUCUCUACGUCACCAGCAACACCUGUCUCACCACCGUCAAUAUCACCCUCACCGGCGACGCAUUCACAGUUACCAUUGAGGCCAAGAAGGAACCUGGGGUCAAAGGUCGUAUCACUCAGAACAGAUAUGUGACCUUUUCCAGCCAGUAAAGAAUGGGUGUCACAUCCAGCGUAACGAAUGAUAGAGACGUACUUCUUGAUCAUUCAUGUCCAUUGGUAUGUUUAUAUGUAAUACGAUUUAUCUAUUCAAGACAUAAUAACUUAUGCUGACCUGAGUUUAUGUAUAUGGGAUUAUUUGACCUGAUGACAAAGUUAGAUUUAACCAACUGACCAAAGCACUGUUAAAGGAGGAAUACGACGCGUUCCGGCAUAUAUGGCAGUCCAAGACGUUGAAAGAUCAACUUCUUUGCCUGGUAACUCAAUUGUUACAUACAGUAAACUACGGUUAUAACGAACUCAAAGGGACUACUAAUUUUAGUUCGUUAUAACCGUAGUUCGUUAUAAGUACAUAUACAGCAUGACUACAGCAAGUAGUCGGGACCAAAAAGUAAGUUCGUUAUAUCCGUCAGUUCGUUAUAAGCGUGUUCGUUAUAACCGUAGUUUACUGUAUAUAGCAUUGAAAUGUUAGCAUUUUGCCGAUUAUGCUAAUUACACAAAGGCAAUGUCUCCGUCUCCAAUCCCAUUAACAUCAUCUUCUAGCGCUCGCCACUGCUAUACAAAGAUUCUUUGGUGUAGCGGUAGAGAGCACGAAGAUUUGUUUUUAAUGAGAUCGCUCCGUCUCACACUGGGCACACACUACAAGGUCAAGACAAACUGACAAUUUAGAGCAAACUCUUGGGUAUAAUCCCUUCUAAAUGAUGCCAAACAUUAUAAAAUGUCUUUAUAUCUUAAACAGAUUAUGCAGACAUCUCCUAAGAAUAUACAAUUUGAAUGUUUUGGAUGAAGAAAUUCUGCAUGCUCUGUCAGUGUCACUUGUGUAGUCACGACCGUAAAAGAGAUGUACGUGUGUAUACAGCAUGUCUCACUGUAUGUCGCUGUCUUCAUGUAAUAUGACAAAUGAAAUACGUAAUCACUUUAAUAGCUUGACACAUAGUUAUGCAAACUGCCACGCUUAGUUGCUCCUUUUACUCAAGAACACACCAUUGCUGUAUGGCAAGGGGGGCAGUUCAAAAGCAGGUCGGCGUUAGAUAAAAUGCUUCAGUCCUUAAAAGACGCGUGCGUGCGUGCGUGCGUGUGUGUGUGUGUGUGUGUGUGCGCGUGCGUGUGUGUGUGCGUGCGUGCGUGCGUGUGUGCGUGUGUGCGUGCGUUUACAUGUUUGCAUGUCUUCCAUCCGCCUAAAUCAACUCUACAUAUCAGCUCUACAUAGUUAUAUUUUACUCUUAAAUGAGCGUCCACCGUCAGUGUAGAUACUAUUUGAAUGUAAAAC